GAACGCAAUUAUAGUGUUCUACUGCUUUAUAAAUUAAUUUAUCUUUAUCUUAAUAUAAAUAUAUUAAAAAAUCAUAAACAUGUUUCGGUUGCCACAAGCUGAUCCUGCUGAGGAACAGAAGCGCGUCAAGGCGGAGGUACGCGGCAAUUUCUUUGUUUUUGGAGCGUUAUGUGUAGCCAUACGGCUAGCGCCUAUUGUACUACAGAAGCUGAACACCGCCUAACGUACAUACGUUAGAAUGGAUGGUUAUUAACACUAAUGGGGGCAUAUUACAUAGAGCGGUGCGGCGUUUUUUUUUUGCACAUGGCAACAAGCAUGUCCAAAAAAAUCAACAACAAUACUAAAGAAAUUGCAUUUACAGCGGUGCACUACAAUGGCAUGGUUAUAACAUAUUAAAGUUUAAUUUCAUGAGAUUCCUUUUAUCAUAUGUUACUCAUGUAUAAAGAAAAAACUGAAAAUAAACAUGUGUAUUAGUUUUUAAA